AUGACCGUCGCCACUCAUACACAGACCACGACCAAAGUAGAAGACAAUACCGGAGGAUUCCCCAGCGAUGCCGCCACUUCUUUAGUAACUCUUCCUCUCUUAGAGACCAGUACAUCAAUGGAGGGAAACGGCCAAACCGCACAGUCAAGCUUGGACCAGCACAAAUCAUUUGAAGAGAAUGUAGACACUGAACUCGUGGUCAUAACGGCUACCUUUUUUGUCGCACAGCCAGAAACGAGUUUGACGAUAGCCGCCGCCGGAGAGUCGAGUUACAACGACGCGACACACAGAUCAGUAGUCGACGGGGUACAGGGCACCCCUUUACAGACAAGUGAAGUCGUCUCGCCUAUCGUUCUGCUACCAUCAAAUAUCCAUCCUGGCCGGAAAAUUCGAUCCAACAGAAGGAUUCGCCACUCUGGUAACUCAACGACCUCGGUACCAGAAAAUUACAAAUCCGCAUACAUCGAAAAAGAUCAUGAUACUAUCAUUGUGGCCACCACUGUGACUAUACCUUCCCCAACAGCGGCACUCACCCUUCAAUCUGGACCUGCUCCCCUGAAUCUUUCCGCAGGGUCCUCCUUGUCUAAUGACUCAACAAGAAAGCUACCGGUACAACAUUCUCCAUCAAAUACCUACUCAAGCAACGAGCAUGGCGCUCCAGUAUCUGUUGCUGGCCUUCUCGAAUCCAUCAAUUCAAUAAUGGCCAUGUCGCAAAAGGAGAUUGAGGAGGUUCUGCAGAAAGAGUUCGAUGAACUUGUUCCCCCAGCUCCCCUGACGUACAGGCUGCUCUCAGCACCGCCAAUGUCAUCUUCUAUCCGAGCAAACGAAAAAGAAUCUUCCCAAGGAGCUGGAAGACUUUCUUCGCUUGUCGAUGCGCCUUCUGGCUCUCAAGACACCAACGCAAACACGUCCCAGCUAGAUUCAAUCGUCCCUGAACCCCAUGAAGAAGCGCUUACAAACGACUCACUAGCCCUGUCAGGGACCCGCAACAGCGAGGACGGUAUAGAGACCUCCGCAGUUUGCGAAGCGGCUCCUGUCCAACCAUCUGGACCCACCUUGGGGGCGUCAUCUUCCACGGUUGCGGACGACAAUUCAAUAUUGGGUGACAUAUCUACAACGGCUCUCGUUCACGGCAUCGAGACAGAGAGUAAAUCAAGCGGGACUCGUCUCAGCGAAGAUGGUUCACCGCCUCCAUCCUUGCCUACAGAGGAAAUUGCCACAGUGGUUAAACGAGAAUGUCGUGUCACUGAGUCGGAGAGUGUCUCGAACCUCGAAUCGAAAUUAGAAUGGGAUGUGGUGGCGCCAUACCAGGACGGACCUGUCGCAUCAAGCGUAGCACCAAUUGCUACCUCAUUGGUGAACACUGAUGUCGGCCACACCGUGAACCAGAAAAUGGAGACAGUGGCUGAGCAUAUAGAGCCUCCAACUUUGGCGCCUAUUCUCGUGCAAGACUCCGUUUCCCCCGCUAGCCUUCGCCACGCAUCAGUCGAAGUGGAUAUCUCAAGUGGUCCCUCUGCUGAUCCAAGUCAGACGGUCCGCACGACUUUCAAAUCUGAGAACUGUCCUGUGAAGGUGCCCGAAAGUUUUGAAUUGAUCUCAGAAGAGCAACAAGUCAAUGAUAGGGGUUUCAGUCCUGACCCUUUGAGUUUGAUUUUGGAUGAACCGUUGAACGAUGCAUCCGCACAGCUCCCCCCUUCACAAAGUCCCCCACCAAUCCUUCAGCUCAAAACAAUCGUUUUAAGUGACGGCGAUGCUCAAACAAACUUUCAUUCUGUUGCACUUGGGAUGAGGGACUCACCAAGUCCUUCUGAAUCAAGCUCCAAUGAGCCUUCACCGAUCCAAGAGGCCUCCUCUAAUUUAUCACCGAAAUGUUCCCCAAAGAAUGAGUCAUUGCCCUCAACAGGUUCUAAAAAAGACCUCAAAGACGGUGAGAUACCGUUACUCAGCAUUGGAGAUAAUCAGAAUACGGUCAAGGCCAGCAUGUCAAUGUUCAACGUACCGCCUUUGACUACCCCGCUGAAGGAGCAGCCUACCAAAAGUAGGCGCAAGUUUGCAGAGGUAACAGAUCUGGACCUGGACGACCUUUCGUCUCGCUUUGGACGUUUUUCUGUAUCUGACGCUGGAACAUCGAAAAACCGUAGAAGAUAUGCUACUCAAGAUGGACAAUCCCACAGCAUGUUUGGGAAUCUACGCUACUCAGCAGUGCCUGAAGACCGAUACCAACCCGUCCCAAUACCCAUUCAACUUAUACCAGAAGUCGUGUCGACGACGCAGGCACAGGCUGAUUCAGAUGUCCCUGAGCCGGUACAACCUACAAGAUCAGAAGAUGACAAACAUCCAGAACCUAUUUCCGUCCACCCGCCAUUAUCAGAGACAGAAAAGCAAUCUCCUGCUCCUCAAGACACGUCGCAUAGUAAUGCUGCUCCGGUUGCGGAAGAUCAACCAAAUGAGGAAGCUAAAAAUUCCCUAAGCGAAAAGGACGUGCAAAAUACUUGCUCGAGCAGCUUGUUCGCACUUUCUGCCGAGGGAAGGAGAGCAGGCAGACGAAAACCUGAUAGAGCAACGCGAUACCACUUAUCUAUGAUUCGAGAGGCACAGACAGCCAUCGAGAGGAUGGGUUCAGUAAGAAAGGUAUCUAUAGCUUUAAAGGAAGAUCUUGAAACCCAACGUCGCCCUCCCGUAUUAGAGAAAGUCAAGCUUCGCAUAGGCUGUUCUUCCAAAGUUGGGGGUAAACUUCUGCCAACUGGUGUUCCUCGCACAAAUCCUUUUGCGCCCACUCCAUCAGCUACUAAACCAGUAGCUAUUCAAGAAAGGAAGUCCGCAAAAGCUGCGAAACCCACGACUAUACCUCCUCGUCGUACUCAUGCAUCAACGCCUCGGGAGUCCAUUGCUCCUUCUGCUCGUGUAUUCCGACACCCGGAUGAGCCACAGCAACCGCCUCCGGUACCUGUUACCCCGGUCGUUGUUUGUGAGGCCAUCGUUAACGAAGACAUAAACGAUUGCCACAUUCCAGGAGCAUAUCCCACAGUCAUGGAGUCGCUUGAAACAUCGAGCCAUGUCUUCCCGUCUUUUUUCAACAGGAUAGGGCGAUUUGUGCAGCAUAUCUAA